AUGCUUCCUCAGCGAAUGAAGAAAGCCGUUACUGAUAACCCUAAAAAGCUCGCAAACUUGAUCGAUCUCGUUAACCUUCCUCCCACUCUCAGAGACUUCGUCGGUCAAUCUCAGACUUCUCGAUUAACCUGUUUCAUGCGUAUUUGGUCCUACGUCAAAACCAACAAUCUUCAGGAAAAUAUGGAUAUUCUUAUUGUGAAAGCACAGAAGAUUGAGGUUAUAUGCUUAGUUGCUUAUAUAAAUUUGGUCAUUGAACCUUGUGGAACUCGCCUUCUAAUUGAUGGAAGGACUUGCUUGCUUCAGAAUGAUCACGAUCCAUCAAAGUUAAUUGGAGAGACUCCAUGCAAGCUUCUGAGAUAUUUGGUUGCAGACGACAGUCACAUUGAUGCAGACACACCAUAUGCUGAAGUUGAGGUCAUGAAGAUGUGUAUGCCUCUUCUCUCCCCUGCUUCUGGGAUUAUUCAUUUCAGAAUGGCUGAAGGUCAAGCCAUGCAGGCUGGUGAACUUAUAGCAAGGCUUGAUCUAGAUGAUCCUUCUGCUGUAAGAAAGGCAGAACCCUUCACUGGGAGCUUCCCAAUCCUGGGCCCUCCUACAGCAAUUUCAGGUAAAGUUCAUCAGAAAUGUGCGACAAGCUUAAAUGCUGCACGGAUGAUUUUUGCUGGCUACGAGCACAAUAUUGAUGAAGUUGUGCAAAGUUUGCUCAAUUGCCUUGACAGCCCUGAAUUACCUUUCCUUCAAUGGCAAGAAUGCUUUGCAGUUCUGGCAACCCGUCUUCCUAAAUAUCUAAGAAUUGAGUUGGAAGCUAAAUAUAAGGAAUUCGAGAUUAAUUCAAGCUCCCAAAAUAUUGAUUUCCCUGCCAAAUUAUUGAAGGGAAUUCUUGAAGAUCAUUUUUUCUCCUGUGCUGAUAAUGAAAAAGGAGCCUUAGAAAGACUAGUUGAACCUCUGAUGAGUCUUUCGAAGAACUAUUUAGUGAUAAUACAGGCUGAUGUAAUUGAACGACUCCGUCUUCAAUACAAGAAAGAUUUGUUGAAGAUUGUAGAUAUUGUGCUCUCUCAUCAGGGUGUCAAGAGCAAAAAUAAGCUGAUACUGCGACUAAUGGAUAAACUGUUGGCUCUUAAGGCUAGUCAACUUCUUGAACAAACUAAACUGAGUGAACUUCGAUCCAGCAUUGCACGAAGUCUUUCUGAACUAGAAAUGUUUACUGAGGAUGGUGAAAAUAUUGAUACUCCAAAGAGGAAGGGUGCCAUUAAUGACCGAAUGGAGGACCUUGUGAGCGCUCCUUUGGCAGUUGAAGAUGCUCUUGUGGGCUUAUUUGAUCACAGUGAUAACACCCUUCAAAGGAGGGUUGUGGAAACUUAUAUACGUAGGCUUUACCAGCCGUAUCUUGUCAAAGGCAGCAUCAUGAUGCAGUGGCACAUAUCUGGCCUUAUUGCUACGUGGGAGUUCUUAGAAGAAUACGUUGAACGGAAGAACGGGGUUGAAGACAAAACACUGGCGGAGAAACAUAGUGAGAAGAAAUGGGGAGUGAUGGUUGUAAUUAAAUCUCUUCAAUUUUUGCCAGCAAUUAUCAGUGCUGCAUUAAGGGAAGCAACCAAUAACUUUCACGAUGCACUUAAAAGUGGUUCUGUCGACUCAAAUAAGCACGGUAAUAUGAUGCAUAUUGGACUAGUGGGCAUCAACAACCAAAUGAGUUUACUUCAAGACAGUGGUGAUGAAGAUCAGGCUCAAGAAAGAAUCAAUAAGUUGGCCAAAAUACUCAGAGAGCAGGAAGUAGGGUCCAUAAUACAUGCUGCCGGUGUUGGAGAUAUUAGCUGUAUCAUACAGAGGGAUGAAGGGCGUGCUCCAAUGAGGCAUUCCUUCCACUGGUCAGCAGAAAAGCUAUAUUAUGAAGAGGAACCCUUGUUGCGGCAUCUGGAACCUCCGCUAUCCAUUUAUCUUGAAUUGGACAAACUUAAAGGCUAUGAGAAUAUACGCUAUACACCAUCCCGUGAUCGUCAAUGGCACCUCUACACUGUUGUGGAUACCAAGCCACAACCAAUUCAAAGAAUGUUUCUUCGAACACUUCUCAGACAGCCAACCACAAAUGAAGGAUACUCUGCUUAUCAAAGGGUAGAUGCAGAAACGUCUCGUACCCAAUUGGACAUGUCCUUUACUUCAAGGAGCAUUUUUAGGUCCUUAAUGGGUGCAAUGGAGGAGUUGGAACUUAACUCACAUAAUACCACCAUCAAAUCUGAACAUGCUCAUAUGUACCUCUACGUCCUACGUGAGCAACAAGUAGAUGAUCUUGUCCACUAUUCCAAAAAAAUCAACAUAGAUGCCGGUCAAGAAGAAACAACAGUAGAGACAAUCUUGGAAAAACUGGAACAGGAAAUCCAUUCCUCUGUUGGUGUAAGAAUGCAUAGAUUAGGAGUUUUUGUAUGGGAAGUGAAGCUCUGGAUUACAGCAUGUGGACAGGCAAAUGGUGCUUGGAGGGUCAUUGUAAACAAUGUUACUGGUCAUACAUCCACUGUACAUAUAUAUCGAGAAAUGGAGGAUGCCACCACUCAUAAAGUGGUUUACAGUUCAGUCACAGUAAAGGGUCCACUGCAUGGUGUACCAGUGAACGAAAACUAUCAACCUUUGGGAGUUAUUGACCGAAAACGUCUCGCAGUAAGAAAGAGUAGCACCACAUACUGCUAUGAUUUUCCCCUUGCGUUUCAAACAUCCUUGGAACAGUCAUGGUCAAUUCAACAGACAGGAGUUCAAAGAGCCAAAGAUAAGGAUCUCUUAAAAUUAACUGAGCUUAAAUUUUCAGAGAAAGAAGGUAGCUGGGGUACUUCUCUUGUUCCUGCAGAGUGUCCUCCUGGACUUAAUGAUGCUGGCAUGGUAGCCUGGUUGAUGGAAAUGUGUACUCCUGAAUUCCCAUCUGGAAGGACAAUAUUGGUUGUUUCGAACGACGUUACAUUCAAGGCUGGUUCUUUUGGCCCAAGGGAGGAUGCCUUCUUUAGAGCAGUAACUGAUCUUGCCUGUGCUAAGAAAAUACCUUUACAUAGAUAA